GGCCGCAUCGCCCGGCCGGCCCGGCGCGGGGCGGGGGUGGAUACGGGGCGGGGGUCCCCGGGCGGCUGAGCGCCGAGGAAGAACUGGAGGGAGGACAGAGAGCGCGGGAACCGGCGGAGCGGAGCGGGCAUCUGACCGACCUCUGGCAGCCCCGCCCCGGCCCCGGCCGGCCGAUGGACCCCCCCGCGGCCAAGCGGAGCCGGGGCGGCCCCGCGGGACCGGAGGAACGCGAUGCCGGGGCCGGGGCCGCGCGCGUCCGGGGGCGGCCCGAGGCGCUGCUGGACCUCAGCGCCAAGAGAGUGGCGGAGAGCUGGGCCUUUGAGCAGGUGGAAGAGAGGUUCUCCCGUGUGCCAGAGCCGGUCCAGAAACGCAUUGUGUUCUGGUCAUUUCCACGAAGCGAGCGGGAGAUAUGCAUGUACUCGUCGCUGGGCUACCAGCCCCCAGAGGGCGAACAUGAUGCCCGGGUGCCCUUCACCCGAGGUCUGCACCUGUUGCAGAGUGGGGCCGUGGACCGAGUGCUGCAAGUGGGGUUCCACCUGAGCGGGAACGUGCGGGAGCCGGGGAGCCCUGGCGAGCCCGAGCAUCUCUACCACGUCUCCAUCAGCUUUGACCGCUGCAAGAUCACAUCUGUGAGCUGCGGCUGUGACAAUCGCGACCUCUUUUACUGCGCCCACGUGGUGGCCCUGUCACUGCACCGCAUUCGGCAUGCCCGCCAGGUGGAGCUGCGGCUGCCCAUCUCCGAGACACUUUCUCAGAUGAACCGGGACCAGCUGCAGAAGUUCGUACAAUACCUCAUCAGCGCCCACCACACUGAGGUGCUGCCCACUGCCCAGCGCUUGGCUGACGAGAUCCUCCUUCUGGGCUCUGAGAUCAACCUGGUGCAUGGUGCCCCAGACCCUACAGCAGGUGCAGGCAUCGAAGAUGCUAACUGCUGGCACCUGGAUGAGGAGCAGAUCCAGGAACAGGUGAAGCAGCUGCUGUCCAAUGGUGGCUACUACGGUGCCAGUCAGCAGUUGCGCUCCAUGUUCAGCAAGGUGCGGGAAAUGCUGCGAAUGCGGGACUGCAAUGGAGCACGCAUGCUGAUCCUUAUGACGGAGCAGUUCUUACAGGACCCACGCCUGGCACUGUGGCGGCAGCAGGGUGCGGGCAUGACUGACAAGUGCCGGCAGCUGUGGGACGAGCUGGGGGCCCUGUGGGUCUGUGUCGUCCUGAGCCCCCACUGCAAGCCUGAGGAGCGAGCCGGCUGGCUGCAGCUGCUGUGCAAAUGGGACAAGCUGGAGGUUUGCCCCCUGGAAGAGGGCAACUACGCCUUCGACGGCCCCAGCCUCCAGCCUACCCUGGCUCCCAGCUCAGAGCUGCUCCAGAAAGGUUCUACCUGCAUCACCAACACGGAAGGAUGGGUGGGCCACCCCCUGGACCCCAUUGGCUGCCUCUGCAGGGCGCUCCUGGAGGCCUGUCGCCUAGAGGAAGAGACUCUUUCUCUUUACCCAGACGCAAGCCCUGAGAAGCGGAAAGUGGCCUACCAGCACGUGCCAGUGCCCGGAAGCCCCAGUGAAUCCUACUUUGCGCUUGCGCUGGAGGUGGCGCUGCUGGGUCUCGGGCAGCAGCGGGCCCUGCCUGAGGGACUGUACGCCCAGGACAAGGUAGUGCGCAAUGAGGAGCAGCUGUUGGCCCUACUAGAGGAGCUGGAACUGGACGAGCGACUGGUACAGGUGCUGCGCAAGCAGGCGGAACUGUUGCUGGAAGGAGGUCCCUUCAGCGGCUUUGGAGAAGUGCUGUUCCGGGAGAGCGUACCCAUGCACACCUGUGCCCGCUACCUGUUCACUGCAUUGCUGCCUCACGAUCCCAAUCUGGCCUACCGCUUGGCACUCCGAGCCAUGAGGCUGCCUGUACUGGAGACAGCGUUUCCAGCCGGAGAACCUCACCCCAGCCCACUGGAUUCCAUCAUGAGCAACCGCUUCCCCCGCUGGUUCAUCUUGGGCCACCUGGAGACCCGCCAGUGUGAACUGGCCUCCGCCAUGCUGACAGCAGCCAAGGGAGACCCCAAAUGGCUGCACGCAGUACUGGGCUCCAUCCAGCAAAACAUCCACUCACCGGCCCUGCUCUUCAAGCUGGCGCAGGACGCCUGCAAGACGGCCACCCCAGCCAGCGCGCCACCAGACACCACGCUGCUGGGCAUCGCCCUGGAGUUGGGUCUGCAGGUCAUGCGGAUGACCCUGAAUACCAUGACAUGGCGGCGCAGGGAGAUGGUGCGCUGGCUGGUCAGCUGCGCCACGGAGAUCGGUCCACAAGCCCUGAUGAACAUCAUGCAAAACUGGUACUCCUUAUUCACACCAGUGGAAGCAGCCACCAUCGUGGCAGUGACAGGCACCACACAUGCCACACUGCUGCGGCUGCAAGUGGACGGGCCGCGGCGGGAGGAGCUCUGGGCCUGUGCUCGCACGCUGGCCCUACAGUGCGCCAUGAAGGACCCGCAAAACUGUGCCUUGCCCGCCCUCACCCUGUGUGAGAAAAACCACGCCGCCUUCGAGGCCGCCUACCAGAUCGUGCUGGACGCGGCAGCUGGCGGCCUGGGUCACGCUCACCUCUUCACUGUGGCCCGCUACAUGGAGCAUCGUGGCCUGCCACUGCGAGCCUACAAGCUGGCGACGCUGGCGCUGGCACAGCUCAGCAUCGCCUUCAACCAGGACAGCCACCCAGCCGUCAACGACGUGCUCUGGGCCUGCUCGCUGAGCCACUCCCUGGGCCGCCACGAGCUCUCCGCCAUUGUGCCGCUCAUCAUCCGCAGCGUCCAUUGUGCCCCUAUGCUCUCAGACAUCCUGCGCCGCUGGACCCUCUCGGCUCCUGGCCUGGGACCCCUUGGAGCCCGACGGGCUGCCAAGCCCCUGGGUGCUGACCGGGCGCCCCUCUGCCAGCUUCUGGAGGCUGCGGUGUCUGCCUACAUUACCACAAGCCACUCGCGCCUCACCCAUAUCAGCCCGAGGCACUAUGGCGACUUCAUUGAGUUUCUGGGCAAAGCUCGCGAGACUUUCCUGCUGGCGCCCGAUGGGCACCUUCAGUUCACCCAGUUCUUGGAGAACCUCAAACAGACCUACAAGGGCAAAAAGAAGCUCAUGCUUUUGGUGCGAGAGCGUUUCGGCUGAGGGCGGGGCCAUCCCUUGUGCCCCCGCCCCUCCUGCACCGCUUUCCACAGGGGGCCUCGGCAAUGGAGGCCCAGGUGGCAUUUCAGUAUUAAGUCAGGGAGGGAGUCAGGCGGGGCGCAAGAUGGAAGUGGGGGGCAAGGGGUGUUAUCCUACCAUAUGCGUGCCUAGGAGUAUGCGAGGAAUGAGGAUCAGAAGCCAUAGCCACCACCCAUAGGCCUGGAGGGAGGUGUGCGAUUGGGCUGCUGUGUGCAUGGGCACCCCAAAAGCAAUAGGCAAGCUCCCCUUCCUCAAUUUGCAGGCCCGGUUUUGGGCUCUGUGGGGGCUGGGAGGCAGGACUUUCCAGAAAUAGCCUUCAAAGGCAAUGUAGCAGAUCCCCCCAUACCC